UGGAACAGCGACAGUAUGAUGAAUAUUCAUAUGUGUAAACAUGCUGAACUUAUAGCUCCUCAAGUACCAACCUACCUCUACGUAUUUUCCUACUUUGGCGAAUUGGGACAAAGCCCGUCAGAAAUUAUCCCAGGUGCUGGACGAGUGGCUCACGCUGCAGAGUUACAUUAUAUGUGGGAUGAUGGCUCCAAUUCUGAUUUGAGCAAAUUUCCUGAGGAGGACAGAUUAACGCUGCAUCGUUUUGUGAAGCUAUGGACGAACUUCGUUAAAUAUCAAAAUCCAACACCAUCGCAUGAUCCUCUUUUGAAUGGUUUCAUUUGGCCCACGACUGAUAGUGAGAAUCUGCGGUACUUUAAUUUCAAUGACACCCUGGAAGUGAAGGAAAACCCAAGGCAGUUCAAAGAAGUGAGAUCAGUUCUGGAUCGUUAUUUGGAACCACCAUAUAUCUAUUAUUGAGCAACUGUAUUGAUAAUAUAAUAUUAAAAAUGAAAUAGUUCCCUGUUUUGA